AUGACAAUCAGCAGCAACAGUGCGCUGGUGAUGCACAACCGGUUCAAGAACAUGACCCGCCGUUUGCGCUUCUCGCCGCGUAGACGCCAGUACUGUGUGCUGACCAGUGCCGCGAUCCUGCUGCUGGUAGUGGUCGGUGUCGUGGGCUACCUGCUGACCGGCAUGCACUACUGCUUCGAUGUGCUGGUCGAGUGGAAGGUGUCUAAAAUAUGCAAUCAGUAUUACACGAACGAAGUGACCGGCUACAUGUGUCCGGAGCUGUGUGCCGGCGAUACCAUCUCGGAGUUCCACUGCCCGCCCGCUGCCCACGCGGCAGCGUAUCCGUUCAAUGCGCAUCGCUUUCUGGCCCGCAAAGCCCAACAGUUUGUGGUGGUGAAGCAUGCCGUGCCGGAUGCAAGCUACGAGAAGCUGUCCUGGAUCGACAGCCACCGGCAGGAGGAACACUACCCGACCGAGCAGGAGUACGGCGGUAUCGUGCGGCGCUACAUCGAGCUGCGGUACGGCGUGCAGCUUCCGUUCGACAAGCUGGCGGGGCUGCUGGCGCUGAAGAACAAAAACAAUCGCAUCCUGUUCCACGCCAGCAUGCGCAACAGCUGGAACCUGAUCCAGAACAACGAGUACCUGCUGAGCCGGCUGUACGAGGAGAAGGAGAUCUUCCCGCAGGUGCUCGGUACGUGCGGCGAGCUGUUCCUCACCGAGCUGCUCGAGACGGUGGAGUUUGUCGAUGAGGGCCGGUACCAUUUUACCAACCACAUCGACCUGUCCAAGUGGCGGUACCAUCUGAAGGUGGCCGUGCUGGUGCUGGACUAUCUGGACGAGAUGGGCCAGAACCGGUUCCAGAUGUGUUCGGUGGUGCUGGGCGGGUUUGGGAUAAGUGACAGCCGGAUGAAGUAUCACGACUUGCGGCACAUCAGUACGGAGGCGGCCAUCGAUCGGCGGCUGUCGGAUGGGCGCACGUGUGCGGUGGAUGCGGACUGUAGCUACUACGAUUGCCGCAGCCGGUGCAAUGCGACCAGCCACCAGUGUACGGCCGGUUUGCUGAACAACAAUCUGCAGAUUGUCUGUGAAAAGAUAUUUCGCGGCACUGCCGAGGAGCCCGGGAUCCUGGUGACGGAGAAAAGCUCGCCCCGGUUGCUUCGCAUACUGGACCGGUGUGCGCGACCGGCUAGUCGGUCGGAUGUGGACGCCGCCCGUCCGUGGGGCCCUUCGAAGACGCUGAAGAAGCAGCUGUACAACGAGCUGACCAGCAUUUACGAGCAGCUUGCCUCCUCGCUGUACUCCUAACUUUGGGGUGCGCUUUCGCACCGGGAAAUGGCGAGACGCGUUAGUCAAUUGCAGUGAUAAUCAAAAACACGUAUGCGCACAGACACGUUGUGCGUACAAGUAACACACAUGGUAUUAAGCGGAGAUGCAGUUCGGUUGCAGUUCUCGGAGACAAUCUCUCUCUCUCUAUCUCUCUGCGUAACGAUAUUAUUUACGAUAUUCUUUCAACGCUUAUUAACGGGCUAUGUAGUGCAGAGCAUUCAGAGGUGAAGUAGAGUGAAUAAACCACACAGUGACAGUAUUGUGGACAAUCGA